ACCACACACAUCUCCUUCAAGUUCGCAAAUGAGCAUACGAGGGCCACGGAAAGGCGAAAAUUAUGAGCUCAGCGUUGACCUCAACAGCGAGUAUCGUGAUAAACGAAAGGAUGCAAUCAAACGGGUCAUAGCCUCAAUGACUGUGGGCAAAGAUGUCAGUGGUUUGUUCCCCGAUGUCCUCAAGAACAUGCAGACAGAAGACCUCGAGCAGAAAAAGCUGGUGUACUUGUAUCUCAUGAAUUAUGCCAAGACUCAGCCGGAACUCGUUAUUCUGGCAGUCAACACGUUCGUGAAAGAUACAGAAGAUCCCAACCCCCUCGUCCGAGCGCUGGCGAUCAGGACGAUGGGCUGUCUACGUGCAGAGAAAAUCAUUGAUUACUUGUGCGAUCCACUCCAACGAUGCCUCAAAGACGACAACCCAUACGUCCGGAAGACAGCUGCGCUUUGUGUUGCCAAACUGUAUGAUUUGAAGCCCGAGCUGGUAAUUGAUAAUGGAUUUUUGGAACAGCUACAUGAAAUGGUUUCGGAUAGUAACCCAAUGGUCGUCGCCAACACUGUAGCAGCAUUGACCGAUAUCCAUAAUACGGCCAUUGCAGCGCAAAUAUCACCAUCUUCUUCUGAUCCAGCCAUUUUCAACAUUACUUCCACUAUUCUAAACAAGCUACUGAUUGCUCUGAAUGAAUGUUCAGAGUGGGGUAGAGUGGCUAUAUUGAAUGCUCUGUCGCGAUACGUAGCUCAAGAUGAAAAAGAAAGUGAACACAUUAGUGAGCGUGUAGUUCCUCAAUUCCAGCAUAUCAACGGAAGUGUUGUACUCGCUGCUAUGAAGGUGGUUAUGAUCCACAUCCGUGGUGUCCGACGAGAAGAGCUCGUCAAGCAAUUGAUACGCAAAAUGGCACCUCCGCUCGUUACUCUCUUGUCCUCUCCACCAGAAGUCCAGUGGGUAGCCUUACGAAAUAUUAAUCUUCUACUGCAAAAACGCUCGGACCUUCUAUCCAACGAGAUGCGCGUGUUCUUCUGUAAAUAUAACGAUCCGCUCUACGUUAAAAUCGAAAAGCUCGACAUCAUGGUACGACUUGCCAGCGAUAACAACGUCGAUGCUCUCUUGAGCGAAUUAAAAGAAUAUGCGUCAGAAGUCGACGUCGAUUUUGUUCGUAAAAGUAUCAAAGCAAUCGGUCAAACUGCUGUCAAAAUCGAUGCUGCUGCAGAGCGAUGUGUAAAUGUACUCCUGGAAUUGAUCGAUACACGUGUCAGUUAUGUCGUCCAAGAGGCUGUGGUAGUCAUGAAGGACAUAUUUAGAAAGUAUCCUUCAACAUAUGAAGGUGUCAUUCCGACGUUGUGCGCGAACUUAGAAGAGCUGGAUGAACCAGAAGCAAAGGCGUCCCUGAUUUGGAUUAUUGGGGAAUAUGCCGAUAAGAUUGACAAUGCCGAUGAACUACUGGGUAUAUUCGUCGACACGUAUAUAGAAGAGUCGUAUCAGGUUCAAUUACAAACGUUGACGGCUGUCGUCAAAUUGUUCUUGAAAAAACCAGACUCAUCGCAAGGCAUAGUUCAACGGGUCCUCAAUACCGCCACCAAGGACUGCGAUUCACCCGAUGUAAGAGACCGUGCUUACAUAUAUUGGCGGUUAUUGUCCACCGAUCCGGCAGCAGCAAAAGCAGUGGUUCUAGCACAUCGGCCGCCUAUAUCUAUUCCAAGAACGACAGUCUCACCAGCAUUAUUGGAAGAACUUCUUGGGGAAAUAUCCAACCUGGCCAGCGUCUAUCACAAGCCACCGGAGACUUUCAUUGGACAAGGCAGAGUAAGCGCAGAUUCCGUCCAAAGGAAGGGGUCAGAUACUUCCGAUGAUAGGUUUUCUGCACAAAAGGCACUUCAGACUGUCGUUGCUGGACAACAAGCAGAAAAUUUGCUUGACUUUGAUGAUAAUAUGACGGUGGAAGGACAGCCAUCUGGCCUCGCAGCUACGCAAGUCCUUCCUUCAACUCCAGCUGCAGCGAACCUCCUCUCUGGUACAUCGACCAAUCCUCUGGAUGAUCUUGUGUCCAUCUUUGGUGGUGCAAGUGUGAGUAAUGGCAUGAGCGGUAAUGCGUUCGGCACAAAUGGGCUUGGGGGUUUAUCGUCGCCGACCACAUUAGCGCCGUCUUCUGGGUUCAAUAAUUUGGUUGCCAGCUCACCCGCACCUCCUCAGCAGCAGCAACAGGAGGACCUUCUGGGCUUAUUCUAAGGCCGCGACUUUGUUAACACCGGGUAUAUUUUCUCUCUCUGUUACCGCUGGUCACCAUUAGUACUUGACGAAUGAUCGAGGUUUUUAGAGCUGGUGGACUGUAUUGCAUAUUAUACUGUAUAAAUGAGUUUCUACCUUGU